GGGAUUUGGGAUUCCAGCUCCCGGGGAUCGCGGUCUCCAUUCCUGGGGUUCGCGUUUUUCCCCCCUGGGCUGUCCCGGAGCGUUCCUGUCUGUGCUGUGCCCUUAACGCUCUUCUCCAGAACCUGAUUUUCCGCUACCUGCAGAACAGAUCCAGGAUCCAGGUGUGGCUUUAUGAGCAGGUGAACAUGAGGAUAGAAGGCUGCAUCAUCGGUUUUGACGAGUACAUGAACCUGGUGCUGGACGAUGCCGAGGAGAUUCACUCCAAAACCAARUCCAGGAAGCAGCUGGGUCGGAUUAUGCUGAAGGGAGACAACAUCACCCUCCUGCAGAGCGUCUCCAAU